AUGCUGCUGCAUGAUCUUCCCUGCUACAGAGAAACUGAGGGAACUGAAAUCCUAUCAAGAACCUUUGAGUCCAAUGAGGUACUAACUCCACUUCAAAUUCCUUCUUAUCCAACUAACUUGUUGUGUUUUUUUUCUUUCGGAUAUAAAGAGUUCAGGGAAUCCCUUCACCGCUGCAAGUUUCCCCAGGGAGCAGAAAGGGAGGAUGGAGGAAUUGCACUACCUGUACUGCCAGAAGACAACAGGGCAAAGGACAAGUCUCCAUGUACAUUUUUUAAAGGACAUCAGCAUUAUAGUAAUGGCGUAGACUCUUGGCCAAGAGGCCUUCCCAAUGAGCAAUACUAUGACAUCACCCAGCUGAAAAAAAGUGAUGUGCGUGUGAAUGAUGAACUGCUUCAUAAACCACCAGACAGAUUGGCUAAACCACUGUGUCUGCCACUUCCCAGCUCUCAUCCGUACCAGACACACAUCUCUCGGUACGCCAUGUUCCCAAACUUCAGAUCACCUGAGGUUUGAGACACUGGGAUCAAUGCAAGCAGUCAUCAGCCUUUCCAUCCCAAUAUCCCUACCAAGGCUUUUGAUGUGGUUGUUCUGAUGAAGACCAGAGGUAAUCCAUACAGGCAUGAAGUUGUCAGUAUUCUCUUUGACUCCCAGGAGAAGGCUGUGCACUGGCCAGGACAGCACGCAUACUUCCAACUUCCCAAGUUUUCUGAAGAAAAGUGUCAAAUAUACUAUUCAAAUCCGCGAAAGACAGUGGCCCCCAACUCCACUUUUAAAGACCUAGAACAUAACCCCUCUCCAAGAACAACCAAUCUGCUACGAAACACUGAAAGAGCUGUAGGGAUCACAACGUACAGUCGAGACUUCACAGGAAGAGGUCCUAUGAAUCCCCCUAUGCUGGAUAACUGUUACAUGAAAGCAGUUGGCAGAUUAACUGGAGAACUAAGCGAAGACGAGGAUCUAAAAGAAAUAUUUCUGCCUAGUCUCUCACAAGUGAGACCUCUUGAAGGGCGCACUGCAUGUUUAUUUCCAGGUCGACGUCCCCGUGAAUCAGUUCUGCACGAACAGCUCUCUUCCAGUGAGAAGGCCACUCUGUCUCAGACAUGCUACCAGAAAGUUCACUAUCUGGAUACUCGGCUGCAAAUAAGCAAACUUCAGAAAAUCACUGACACGUUGCAAACAGAAGCACUGCACAGACAGCAGCUUUCAGGAAGGCCUGAAUCUGAGUCUCUUCCAAAAUCUGCACGUUCCCCUUCCUACAAAGACUUCAAGCACAGAGAUAUGGAUCAAGAUACAGUAUGGGAAAACCCAGCUAGUCUAAGUAACCCAGGCUUACCACUAGAUGUCAAGAGUGAGGAAAACAGAAUUUUGUUGCACAAGCUUUGGCAUCAAGAGGCACGUCAGUCUGCACGGAGACCAGAGGAUGGGCCAAGAGAGACAGCGCUGCCUGAAUGGAUCUCCGGCUGCGAGGUUCCUCAGUGUCAGGCAGCACUGCUGGAGCUGCAGCAUUCCUUCUCUGAGACAGCAGCACAAAAACAUUUUCAUGAUUCCAUAAAAGGAGAGGCAAAAGACCUCAGAGAUAACAUAACUGAGGGAAAAAGACACAAAUUCUGUGGUUUCAAUGCUUUUUAUUUCUUUAACUGA